UCCUCUAAGUUUUCCCGCCGUCACCCAUUUGCCUGCUGGUUCGCAACCAUGCUUAUGUGUUUCGCCGGCUCUAUCUUAGUUGAUUUCAUUACUGGUUCUCCCAUAUUUGCCUGCUUCGAUGAUCAUGUAUCGCUUCUAACUGCGACCUUGGUUUGGUAUGUGACUUUAUUUUUUGAUACCCAGGUACCGGUAGCUCUUUCAUGCGUGUAUUUGCACUGUGCUGGAUAUUGUGAAAUGAAGAUGCUGGAACGACUCAUUUGCGGAGUCUGGUUACCAGCCUCAACGGAGUUUCUUCAUCCCACUUUUACUACGAAAAUUUCUGCCAUCGCCUCGGUUAUCUUUUACAUUAAUUCUAUGGAUCUAAUUCCUCUUCCGGAUAAUCAGCUUUAUCUUGCGGUUGCACUAACACUGGUGUAUUUCAGAAUGACGAUGAUUAUUCUGGGCCUGAAAGACUUCUUUGUCCCACUCGAGAAUAUUUUUUGCACAAUUGCCUUUGGAGGCAUGGUUGACGCUCUUCGUGUCGCAUUGGCUGGAUCGAGUAAAUCAAUUUCUAAUGUGAGCUCCGGACCUCCUGGGCCAGGCUCCACUGAUAUUACAUCGACAGGAAUGCCAUCAGCUGGAUCUUCUAUGGAUUCUGCUAAUAACCCCAUCUCUACUUCGAAUUUUGGGGGUGCGAGUGGAUUAGGCUCAAGUGGGACUACUAGUACAAGUUUAGCCAGUUCUGCUAGAGGUACACCACAGUCAAGUUCCAAUAUUAAUGGAUAUGCGGCCACUUCAGCUGGAAGUCAUCAAGUAGAUAAGAAGCGAGAUUGA